UCUCAUUGCAGCAUUUUUGGUACCAACUUAACUUCCUCUGUUCCAGCAGAACAUAGAGAGAGAGAGAGAGAGAGAGAGAGAGAGAGAGAGAGAGAGAGAGAGUUUUAAGGAUGUCUGAUUGGGGCCCGGUGUUCGUGGCAGUGGUUCUGUUUGUGCUGUUGUCUCCAGGUCUGCUUUUCCAGUUGCCUGGGCGCCAUGGCUGCGUGGAGUUUGGGGGCUUUCAAACAAGUGGUGCAGCCAUCAUGGUUCACUCCCUCCUCUACUUUGCUCUCAUUUGCGUCUUCUUGUUGGCCAUCAAGGUCCAUUUUUACCUUGGUUAACUCUUUACCAGCUCCUCUGUUUUUGUGGUGAAAAUGGGACACCAAGGAAACAAGAAGAAAAUGUGACCAACUUUGUUUUGAACAGAACAGAGUCCGAGGAAUAAUUAUUCUGUUUGGCUUCCAUUGUAACUUGUUAAUUACAGUUAAUGUUGUGUUCGUGUAAUAAUAUCUAAGUGAGGCUUUGAUCAAUUGAAAAAUUUGCGUUCUUUGUGCCAUGUUUUCAUUGGCUUGUGGUUACUGCUCAAGAGCUAUAAACUUCUUGAUCACCAAGUUAUGUUCUUGCUGAAUGAAAUUAGAUUUACUGGUUUUAGGUUGUGAAAUUAAACUAGUGGUAACGUCUUGGAUGAUUGUAGUUUGGAUC